AGGCAGGCAUUUUCUGACUGAAUAUAAUAAUAUAAUAAUAAGUCACAUUUUGCCACCUGACAGACUAAACCUACGACGCCGUUGUAGUAGUAUUUAUCCUGUUCUAUCAUUUUUUCCACACAUUCCAAAGCCAAAUUACAGCCAGAUUUCCCACCGCCGGCCGGCCACCGAUCAACUCCUUCCCCCGUCCGGAGCUAUGUGUACGUUAGAGAAGAAAGGCAAUAUUUUCUAUCUGACGCUGACCGGCGAAGAUGAGCACCGUUUAGACCCGGUUCUGAUCGACUCUAUCCGCUCGCUUUUAUCUCAGGUCAAGUCCGGAGCCUCCAGAGGAUCCGUUCUCAUUACCUCGGGUCACGGCAAGUUCUUCUCCAAUGGAUUUGACCUCAAGUAUGCCCAAGCUGCUGGUUCAGUUCAAGGUGCUAAAGAUCGAUUGCAUAACAUGGUCGAAAUUUUUAAGCCGGUGGUGGCUGAUCUUUUAUCCCUACCGAUGCCAACAAUCGCUGUCAUCACAGGCCAUGCUGCUGCAGCCGGUUUAUUGCUAGCAAUGAGCCACGAUUACAUUCUGAUGAGGUCAGACAAGGGCGUGUUAUACAUGAGCGAGCUAGAUAUAGGAAUGACUUUGCCGGACUAUUUCACUGCUAUGUUCAGGUCAAAGCUUGGAAACCCAUCUGCUCGUCGGGCAUUACUGUUAAGGGCUGCAAAGGUGACGGGUGAUGAGGCGCUGGGAAUGGGAAUAGUAGAUUCGGUACACGGGAGCGAGGAAGAGACCAGGGAAGCCGCGCAGCGAUUAGGAGAGGGUUUAGCCAAGAAGAAAUGGGAAGGUAAAGUGUACGCAGAAAUCAGGAAGUCCUUGUACCCUGAGCUCUGUGGAGUCUUGGGAUUGAAAGAUACAAUCGUAUUGCCUGCACGCCUUUGAGCAGGAAAGAAAACCGCCAUUCUUGAUGGAACUUACUGAAAUUGUAUUAGGCUAUCCUUGUACUGUUUUCCGAGUACUUCAAGUCUCAAUUAGGCUAAUAAGCAACAGGAUUGGACAAGCGGAGAUCCUGUAACAUGAAUGGACACUAAAAUUUCUAUCAAAAUACAAUCUCACAUUUAACCUUAUGUUUAUAUACUUCAUUACAUAUUGUGCGCGG